CAUGGCCCCAAAAGGAAAGGAAGCAUAUCUUUUAACAGCAACCAGGGAACCAUUUCAUUGCCUGGUGCUUCUGGGUGCAGAGAGUUCAAAAUCCAAGUUACAUCUCUUCCCGAUGCCAGCUGUGAAUGCCUUCAACACAAGUACCAUGAUCGUAUUGAAAGCAUUGGCUGUAUAAUGAACAAAGUGACAAUCAAAGCCACCGAUGAUAGCUACACAGCAACCUCAGAUAAAAUGAAGCAAGCAGAGGAAGAGCUCAAGAAAGUCAGUACCAAAGUGAUCGAGCAAAAGAAUUUAAAGCAAGGUAAGAAGGUGAAGAUAAGAACACCGACAUCCACCCUGAGAAAGUUCCAAUCUCAACAACAACCUGAAAGUGCAAUACCAUCAUGGAAGCAAAAAGUGAAUCACCGAACACCAAGCCUAAGUACACAUAAACCCAGUGGCUCCCUCAAUACAAAUAGUUCCAAUCACUUUAGUAGUAGUAACAACAGCAGCAGCAAUAAUGGUAGCACAAGUAGUAGCAGUGGUUAUAGUAGUUCUAGUCAAAGCAGUUCUGCUAGUAAUACUAGUAGUCCAGGAACAAAGCCUACAAGCAAACUUUCUUGCAGGGAACAUAUUAUCCAUUGGCUGGCUGUCAGGCCUUAUAAAAAAGUAGAGCUAUUAGUCAAACUGUCUAAGGACGGAAUUUCCAACCCAAAAGAAAAAAUUGGUGCUACUCUGCAACAGGUGGCUUACUUAAAGGACAAUACUUACUCAUUACAAAGACACAUGUACAAUGAAGUCAAGGAAGACUGGUCUUUUUAUUCCAGUGCAGACCGAGAUAUUGUUAAAGCGAAAUUGCAAAAGCAUUCAAAUCAAAGACCGAGUGAACUGAAGACCCCACCAAAGCCUCCAAGUGUUGACAAAGAAAGCAAAGUAGUUAAACAAGCUGUGAAAAGACCAAUCUUGCCAGAAAUUACCGAUUUUAAAUUGCCUAAGAUCCAAAGAAUAGCACAUUCCAAAAGAAACUUGAAUGACUCAAAAUCAUGCAGUCCUUCAUCCCCUGGUGAAGUUAGCACAAGUAGAAAUUCUCCAAAACCUGAUAAUGGAUUCGUAGAAUGUAACAAAGAACAACAUGCGCCCUCACCCUCAGAAUGUGUAUCCUCUACUUCGUCGACUCCAGAGUAUAUGAGCAAUUUUAGAAAAAUUACCAAUCCGGAGCAGAGACUAAAAUAUAAGAAUGUCUUCAAUGAAGAGUAUAAAGAGUAUUUAAAUGUUUACAAGAAAAUAGAAAAUGUGCAAAUGAAAUUUAGUUACCUGAAGGAGAGUUUAAGUAAAGUGGAUGUUGAUAGCAGUGAGUAUGAACAAAUAGAACAGAAAGUGUUGGAUGAAUAUCAAAAGAUACAUGAGGAUGAAAAGUACAAAGCAGAAAGGGCAAGGUUUGAUGAGCUGCAUGGAAAACUAAGCUUUAUCAAACGUCUGGUGGUAGAAUAUGACAAUGCCCAGCAGGAACUCUCAUAGUAGGCACAAUCGCCUCGCCACCAUACUACUACAUGUGAACAAGGAAUGACGUUAACGCUACUAUAAUAUGUAGGAAUUGGGCUACCGUUUCCUGGCCUCAUAUUAAGGAUGUAUCUAGAGGCAACAAAACUACUUAAAAUAUAAACAGCUCUGUGAAAUUUAAGAAUUGAUUAUGAAAAUCUUGAGUGAUUUUCUAAUUUUUUUUAAAGAUUUGAACCAAAUGAUAAACUCAAACAAAAUUGACAAUCAUUGACCUUGACAACUAUAGGCCACAGUAUAUAGUAAGACAAGUAACUAUUUUAUCUAAUGAUGGUGUUGGCUAUUUAAUGAUAUACAUUGCUAAUUAACAAAUUGAAUAAUAUAAAGGAGAGGAUUUUAAUUGCGUAAUUAAAAACUUUUAAAAAUGUAGUGCCUUGCUUGCUUGAUGGCUAAUCACUGAUGAAUUUUCUAAUUAAGAAUUGCCAACUAACUGGUAUUGGUCAGCAUAAAUUUAAUUAAUAUAGAUAAAAUAAAGAGAGAAUUUUUAUUUCAUAUUUUAAAAUUAUAUGAAAUGUUUCUUAUAAUGAUUGAGAAAAUUUAAUUGUUUGAUGAUUGGUUAUUGCAGCCAAUGUAGCAUUUCCACACAUUCACGACCUAGUCUCUUGAACUGUGUAACUGUGAUCUAGCUUGUCUAGAUAUACAUUUGUUUAUGAGCUGCCACAUAAGCAGUAGCAGGUAGACCAAUCAAGAUUUUUAUGUUUUAGGAUUAUAUGCAGACUCAAAUUGGAAUUAUGAGGUAUAUGUAUGUAUGAUAAUGACAUUUUGAUAUACGGUAUUUCAGGUGGUUUAUGCCAACUAAAGUGUAGAGUACAGUAUUUGCAUAUAAUGUGUUGUUAAAAAGUUUAAUGUUUAUUCUUUCUGAUUAGUUGCCACUACGGGAUCACUCACGUAUACAUUGCCAAACUGAAGCUUAAAUCAUUAAAACGGUAAUUAAGUGAUACUUAGUGUUGUUUCUCAAUGUGUAGCUAUACUACACUGUUGAAUAAAUAAGUAUUUUAAUUACUUCAAUCAAUUCAAUUUAUUCAUGCAUAUUAAUCUCUAAUUAAUAAACUUUUUAAAUCUACAAAUCUACAUAAGGACAUCAAAAUUACUACACAGUCAUACUGUGGAGCUAUUAUAAGUCUAUAGUCUGAAAAUAUAAAUUACAGUAGAACCCGUAUUAAGAGGAUGCCUUAAGUCAAUAGUCUUGACUGAUAGACCUAAAUAAACGGAGUCAAUAGACAAACCAUGGUGCUAUUUACUUUACAUAGUUACUCAGUGAGUCAUAGCUGAGGCCAUAGUAAGAUGCUUAUGUACUAUGUACUUAAAGUGUGAUAAACCAUGGAAAUAUUAUAUAAUAAUGCUUUUCUUGGAUAUAGUAAACCAUGUAUGAUAUAUGGGUGACAAAAAAAUCAACAGUAAAGUCUAAAAAUUAUACAUUUUGUAAUUGAAAUUUGAGACUCUAAAUAUAUUUGCUUCAUAAAAGUUAGUGUCUUUUAUGUAUUUGAUUCUUUAAAAAAAUAAAAAUUAAUUAAUAGUUAAGGCAUUUUAAAUGCUUGUUCAAAACCAGUUAAUUAUUUCUAUGUAGAUUUAAUUGGGGAAGUAUACAUAUAACUAAUGAACUGUUAAGAGUAAUUUACAUCCCCUUAUAAGUUGAUAAUAAUAUUGUUCUAAAUCAAUUAUUCAAUUACAUCCUCUCUUUUUCUUGUUUUUACACGAAAUUGUUGUGCAUUAUGUUGACAUUUCUGUAAUGUAAAUGAACUAUGUUAUGUUGGUAAGUGUGUGAGGAAAAAAUCUCAACUCUUCAUAGAAUUCAUAUUAUGGUCAAGAUUCUUUUAGUCGCAUAAUAAAUGCUGAGCCCUUAUUCAUCCUCAGACAAAUGUAAAAAUCCCAAGAUCUCAAUCAUGUGGUUUGAGAAUGUGCAGUGGUCUGAGAAUGUGUAUGCAUGAACCUACGUUCUCCAUUCAAACAAACCCCUGGAAUGAGAUCUCAGGAUUUUUAUUUUUGUUUAAGGAUGAAUAAGGCAAGACUUUAUUUUAUACCUUUGUUUCAGCAAACCCGUCGACUGCAAAUAUUGAUGAUUUCAAAUAAAAAUAAAAUUUUAUUUUUUGCCAAUCAGUGCACCCACCGCCACGAAAAAUGGAAAUUCCAGAAAAAAAUAAAAAUGUAUCUUUAUUUUUAUUACAC